UACAGCCUGCUGGAACUGGAGCGCAGCGCCAGCCAGGCAGAGAUCGGGCGAGCCUACCGCCGCCUGCUGGUGGCGGCGCACCCCGACAAGGGCGGCGACCCAGAGCAGUUCCGCCAGCUAAAGGACGCCUAUGCGCAGCUGUCGGACCCCACCGAGCGGCUCAUCUAC